AUGUUCAUUAGCCUCUUCGCGGAGGCGCUCCAAGUCCUGGAUAUGUUCAAGUCCAACGAGAUCGUGAGGCAGACGAGGCAUGCACCCCAAGGCAUCGUCAAUCUCGUAGUUGAAACACUCAAGGCGACCAUUCGUUUGUGGGUGGUAGGGCAUCGUGCGAAGGUGAUUGACCGAAAGACAGCGGAGGAAAUUUUGAACCAGACUUGGAUUGACCGACUAUGCAGCAUAGGCCCAUUUAUUCGCAACCCAUCCAGGGAGGGCUUGAACGCGGUGCUAGUACUCUGCCCUACCCCGAAGCUUUUUUUGUUCAGAAUGGCAUCCAACCCCUUCUUCGUCUCAUGUAUAGAUAUCGCUGCUCUGGAAGCGGGCAGCCAGCCGCCCGUUUCUCCCACUACCACCCUAGUCUCUCCCACCUCCGCCUUUAGCAGGCUCGACCUCGACGAGAGCGUCCAGGACAUCGCCACCCUUCAGCCCCGUCUCUCCGACCCCUACCCUGGGGCUUUCACCGACUUCUAUGGCUUACCCAGCAACCCUCGCUGCGUCUUCAAAACCGGCAAAGCCUGGCGUGUGCGCACGGGUCCCGAGGCGCAGCGCAUUCUGCGAGAGGCCCGCCCCGUCUGCGACCAUCCGAUGCAGAACCGCUGGCUCGAGAUUGGCCAGCUCAUCUACGAGCACCUCGACUCCCGCGACGUUGAGUGGUCGUCGGUCGACCCCGUCCGUUUUGCCGAGGCAGGGAAAGAGGACGUCAGUGUGCUCCAUCUCUGGAUAGGGGUGAUGCCUGGGACUCUCGCCUUCGAGGCAGCCAAGGAGGCAGCCAACGACUGCAAGGAUAUUCUGGCUCGAGAGGGGUUCCCCGACGUCGAGGUUGCAUUCCGCGAGUCUGUUGUCACCCAGUCUGUUGGCCCAAAGCUUCUCUCCUUCGACCCCUCUGUCGACCCCGUCCCCGAGCUUCGUAGCCCCUUCACUCCCACGCUUGGCAUCCAAAUCGCUCCGUUCACGACACCUUACUUCGGGGGCACGGGUGCCGUCUACCUCCGAGAGGGCAGCCAGAGCGACCGCGUCUUCCUUCUCACCGCCAGCCACGUCGCUCGCCCGCCUCUCGCACACCGUAACCAGCCCCUAUCGCACAAGCGCAGCAGCCGGGCUCGUGAGAAGAUCGUCGUUCUUAGUACCAAUGCCUACACCAAUGCGAUCGGUCGUAUGAUGAGCACUAUCGGCCACGAGCUUCUCUCCAUCAAGACAUGGAACGAAGAGAUUGAGAGGUUGGGUCCGGUCGUCGAGGGCGAGGCGCCCAAGAUAACUCGCGCGCGCAAGAAUUACGGGGACUUGGUGGAGAAGGCGAACAGGAGGAUCGAGGACGCAAACGAGAUCCAUGACGAGGUCACCAAGCACUGGACGACUCCGUACCAGCGCGUGAUCGGUUACGUCGUCCACGCCCCUGCUAUUGCCGUCGACGACGGCCCCAAGCACUUCACCCGGGACUGGGCCCUGAUCGAUCUCUACCGCGACAAGAUCGACUGGGACACUUUCCAGGGCAACAAGGUUUAUGUCGGCGGCAAGAUUUCGCCGGCCGACUUUAUCCUCAAGAUGCACCCUCACCCUGAGGGCCAGUUCGACUUCGAGUACCCCCCCGGCGGGCUCCUCCAGGUCAGAGGGGUCGUAAAGGACGACGAGAUCCGCAAGCCGGAGCAGCUCGAUGCCAACGGCAAGAAGUGUCUGAUUGUCGUCAAGAACGGAACGACCACAGGCCCCACUCUCGGUCGCCUCUCCGGCAUGGAGUCGUUCGUUCGCACCUACCCCGAGUCCGAGUACGACAUCAAGAAGACGUCCAUCGAGAUCGCCGUCUACCCUUACAGCAACGAGGACGGCGCCUUUUCUGCUCCCGGCGACUCUGGCUCCAUCGUGGUCGACUCGAAGGGCCGGGUUAUUGGGCUGCUCGUCGCCGGUGCCGGCGCGACCGAAAAGACCGACGUCACGUACCUCACCCCCUACUGGUGGAUCGAGGAGCAGAUGAAGAAAGUGUAUCCCAACAUCUUCCUCUACGAAAUCGUCGACUAG